AUGUGUGUGUGUGCGCGCCCAUCUCCCCCCCGCCUCGCAAAAGUUUGCCUCGGCGGCCGGGGGGCUCCCGGGCCGCCGCCCCCGCAGCCGGGGGCGGCGGCGGCGGCGGCGCGGCGGCGCGGCGGCGGCGGCGGCGGCGGCGCGGGACUUGCGCGCCGCGCGGGACUUGCGCGCCGCGCCAUGCCAGCGGCGCAGGGGGCUGCGCGGCGCUGCGCCCUGGCGGGGCUGCUGCUGCCGCCGCUGCUGCUGCUGCUGCUGCUGCCGCCGCCCGCGGCCGCGGGGGCCGAGGGCAAGGCGCGGAGCUGCGGCGAGGUGCGGCAGGCGUACAGCGCCAAGGGCUUCAGCCUGGCCAGCGUACCCUACCAGGAGAUCGCAGGGGAACAUUUGAGAAUCUGCCCUCAGGAAUAUACAUGUUGCACCUCAGAAAUGGAGGACAAGUUAAGCCAACAGAGCAAACUGGAGUUUGAAAACUUAGUGGAGGAGACAAGUCACUUCGUACGCACCACUUUUGUAUCCCGGCACAAGAAGUUUGAUGAAUUCUUCCGAGAACUUCUGGAGAACGCGGAAAGAUCCUUAAACGACAUGUUUGUCCGGACGUACGGCAUGCUGUACAUGCAGAACUCAGAGGUGUUCCAGGACCUCUUCACAGAGCUGAAGCGGUAUUACACAGGGGGCAACGUGAACUUGGAGGAAAUGCUGAACGAUUUCUGGGCUCGGCUGCUGGAGCGGAUGUUCCAGCUCAUAAACCCCCAGUACCAUUUCACUGAGGACUACUUGGAGUGUGUAAGCAAGUACACAGACCAGCUGAAGCCGUUUGGAGAUGUACCCAGGAAGCUGAAGGUUCAAGUGACUAGAGCGUUCAUUGCUGCACGGACCUUUGUUCAGGGGCUGACAGUAGGCAGAGAGGUUGCAAACAGAGUAUCCAAGGUCAGUCCCACCCCAGGGUGCAUCCGGGCGUUAAUGAAGAUGUUGUACUGCCCUUACUGCAGAGGACUUCCCACUGUGAAACCUUGCAACAACUAUUGCCUCAAUGUAAUGAAGGGCUGCCUAGCAAAUCAGGCUGAUUUGGAUACUGAGUGGAAUCUGUUCAUAGAUGCUAUGCUUCUGGUAGCGGAGAGAUUAGAGGGACCAUUCAACAUUGAAUCAGUCAUGGAUCCUAUUGAUGUCAAGAUUUCUGAAGCCAUCAUGAACAUGCAAGAAAACAGCAUGCAGGUGUCAGCAAAGGUUUUCCAAGGAUGUGGCCAACCUAAACCAGCACCUGCCCUGAGAUCUUCCCGUUCUGUCCCUGAAAACUUCAAUACCCGGUUUAGACCAUAUAACCCAGAGGAGCGACCUACAACUGCUGCUGGCACAAGUCUGGAUAGGCUGAGGACUAUCUGGAGGACAAUGCAACAUGGUGUAACAGACAUUAAAGAAAAGCUAAAGCUCUCUAAAAAGUUCUGGUCAACAUUACCCUACACAAUCUGCAAGGAUGAGCGAGUGACAGCCGGUCCGUCAAUCGAGGAGGACUGCUGGAAUGGCCACACCAAGGCGAGAUACUUGCCUGAGAUUAUGAACGAUGGCUUGACCAACCAGAUCAACAAUCCAGAAGUAGAUGUGGACAUCACAAGGCCAGACACCUUCAUUCGACAACAAAUCAUGGCCUUACGUGUCAUGACUAACAAACUGAAGAACGCAUAUAACGGAAAUGAUGUCAACUUCCAGGAUACAAGUGAUGAAACCAGCGGCUCGGGCAGCGGAAGCGGCUGUACAGACGACAUCUGUCCCACCGAGUUUGAUUUCGUCACCACCGAAGCACCACCGGUCGACUCCAACAGGAGGGAGGUGGAGGCUUCAGCCACACAGCCCGGCUGGUCACUGCAGACGUUGCUCGUCGUCUUCAUCAGUCUCGUACUGCAGAGACAGUGGAGAUAA